GUGAAAGUGAUGUAUGCACAGGGGAUUAUCGCUCUGUUUCCAUAUCUUGAAGACCCAUACUCACAGAAUGGCUAUUUGGUGGGCCAGGCCAUGGACGUACUACACCCUUUACUGCCGAAGUCCUGACUGAUGAGGAAGUGGAAUCCGCUAUCGCUGUGUUGAGACAUUCUGCUGAUGAGGAAACCAUCCGUGAAAAAAUGAAAACCACCUUCAGUUACCGCCAAGCAAUGGUCAAUGACCAUGACAAAUCUGCAGAGGUCUUCUCAGUUUUUCCACGGUUCCUGGACACACCAGGACUGGUAGAGCAGGAUUUCAGACUGAUGUUUGGCGAGCAGACUGCCAAUAAAUUCCUGGAGAGAUGGCCUACCACUUUCAGGGCAAGAGUCAUUAAGGAAAGCCAUGGACUGGUCCCCUCCACAGACCUUCUUGAUUUGAUGCACAAUGCUGAGACAUCCACUGAAGUUGAAAAUGGCUGGGACAGUGAUACGUCUGCCAUCAUACUGCUGCUACAUCUGCUACCGCCAUCCGCACAGGGACGCAAGAAGCCAGGGAAGAUAUCAGCAUCUAAUGCAGUGGAUCACCUCAUCAAAUUCCAAAAGACGGGAACAAGCCUGCAGCAGCAUCUAGACAACAUCACUGAAAGCCGUCAGCCCUACCUCCUUGCACAGGGACCCACAAAAAGCAGCAUUCACUCCUUCUUCAUUGCCAUCGACAAGCACGCACUUCCAUGCCAAGGCACCACCUCAGUCGGAGCCCUGGAUGAACUCUUCAAGGCCCACUUUGUCUUUGGUACAUCUUACAGUCCUGCCUUGAACAACUUUUUCACUUUUCUCCAAACUUCCAUUUACAACAUUGAUGUAGGGAAAACUAAGGAAACGCCAAGAAUUGCAGAGUUACGAGCUAGAAUGGUGCGUUAGACUCAAUUAAAGGAUAACUUAAGCCACUAUCAACAUGCAGCUGUAAUGCUCACACUACCCUGGACUUGUCAGUACCUGAGAUUUUUUUCCAGCCUUUUCUGAGAUCCUGGUCAUUGUAAUGGGGGCAGGUGUUUGUUUACAUAAAAAAAAAACAUCUUGAUUUAUUCCCAAAAACAUUAAAAAGGUUAUGCAACAUCAGCAGACAACUAGCAAACAGUGGUACCUCUUGAGAAAAUAUUUGUAGUAGGCCUAUGUCAAGAAUUUUUAAAAAGUAAACAAAAGCUGCCCCCAUUACAAUAGCUCAGCUCUCUGAAAGAAAAAAAUUGGCAUCACCGGGUUCUGACAAGUCAAGGGUAGCGUGAGCAAUGCAACAGCUUAUUGAAAUUGACUGAAGUGGUCCUUUAAAGUGACACUGUCCCAUUUUUGGAAAAAGCUUAUUUUACACCUCCCCUUGGUUUUACCGGUCUCCUAUUCUUCCAACCGUUCUCGGGUU